CUCCUCCUUGAUUCCCUUGUCUCCCCUGCUUCAAUUGACUGAUCAGUUUUUGGCAAAGCACUUUUCUUAUAAGCACUUCAUUUGACAAUACGGGGCUCUUAGAGUAAGAGCACCUUAAAUCAGAGUUGGGGAAGGCUAUUUUGUUGCAUUGGAGAAUGAAUGGAAAAAAGGGUAGUAAUAUUGAGAUUAGCAUCAACAUCCCUUCUUCCAUGGCCAAAGUCAAACAGCUUGACCAAGCUGGCAAGAAAUCCAGCAAUGGAGGAGGAGGAGGUUUCUCCCUUAAGGCUUUGGUGUCGAAAGUUUCGGAAUUUGCCAAAGAAGAUAGCAACAGAGUGAAGUUCUCUUUGAAAGUAGGGCUGGCUGUGCUUCUUGUGUCUUUGCUUAUACUCUUCCGAGCACCUUAUGAAGUUUUUGGCACCAAUAUCAUUUGGUCCAUUCUCACUGUUGCCAUCAUGUUCGAAUAUACAGUUGGUGCAACAUUUAACAGAGGCUUCAACCGAGCUCUUGGGAGUUUGCUUGCUGGAAUAUUGGCCAUUGGUGUUGCCCAAAUAGCCCUAAGCUCUGGCCAUGUAGCUGAACCCAUCAUCAUCGGCAUUAGCAUCUUCAUAAUUGGAACAAUCACAUCGUUCAUGAAACUGUGGCCAUCACUUGUGCCAUAUGAGUACGGUUUCAGGGUCGUACUUUUCACCUUUUGUUUGAUUGUGGUUUCCGGGUACCGAAUAUCAAUGGGAAAUCCAAUGAGGACCGCCAUGGAUCGACUCUACUCCAUCGCCAUCGGAGGGUUUGUAGCAGUCUUGGUGAAUGUGCUUGUUUGCCCUAUUUGGGCUGGUGAGCAGUUGCAUAAGGAGCUAGUCAACAGCUUUGACUCAGUAGCUGCCUCACUUGAAGAAUGUGUUGGGAAAUAUUUAGAAGAUGAUGGGUCAGAGCACCCUGAAUUCUCCAAAACUGUCAUGGAUGAGUUUCCAGAUGAGCCUGCUUAUAGGAAAUGCAGAAGCACAUUGAACUCAUCAGCAAAACUAGAGGCUUUGGCUGUCUCGGCAAAGUGGGAGCCACCUCACGGCAGAUUCAGGCACUUCUUCUAUCCCUGGUCAGAAUAUGUCAAGGUGGCAGCUGUUUUAAGAUAUUGUGCUUAUGAGGUUAUGGCUCUUCAUGGUGUUUUGCACUCUGAGAUUCAGGCACCGUACAACCUCCGGAUUACGUUCCAGUCGGAGAUCCGGGAGGCCACAAGCCAGGCUGCAGAGCUGGUAAGGAGUUUGGGGCAGGACAUAAGCAGCAUGAAAAGGAGCGCCAGAAACUCUCUGCUCAAGAAGGUUCACAGUUCCACAGAGCGGCUCCAGCGUGCCAUAGACGUACACUCUUAUCUCCUCACAUCCACUUGUGAACCCCAAGACACCACCAACUUCUCCAAGCCACAGCCCAGGCUCUCUCAGACCUUAACAAACACCUUCUCCGACCUCCCGAACCAACUGACUGAUCUCGACAGCAGCAACAGCCUCGAAAUGAACUUGAGCCAGCAGCUGAACCAAAGCACACCGCAGCAGACGGAAUCUAACUACCAUGAGCUGAUGAGGAAGCAGUCGAGGAGGCUGCAUUAUUCGUGGCCACCGCUACAGGUUGAUGCUUUUGAAGAGGAGGGUUCUGCAGGGGACUUCCUGCCUAGGAUGAAGGCAUUGGAAAGCACUGCAGCAUUGUCACUGGCCACCUUCACUUCCUUGCUGAUAGAGUUUGUGGCUAGGCUUGAUCACUUAGUUGAGGCAGUUGAUGAGCUUUCUAAACUGGCCAAGUUCUGACACGGCAUGCGUGAGCACUUGUACACGAGAAAAUGUCCACUACUUGUACAAGAUCUUAUAUGAAAAUAAUCAUGUAAAAACAUGCUACAGUUUCAAGAAAAAGGAAAGUCCCAAAAUAAGUUCGAGAUUUUGGACUUGUUUUAAGGGCUAUGAAAGUUUUUUUGGGUGCAAAUGGGGGGCAGACGGUCCAAAGGAUUACUUGUAAAUACUUCUUUAACAGGUUUUGUUGGAUUUCUUUGUACUUUUCAUAGUUACUACCACUUGUGAUUUUCAACAGCAUCAGCAUGGCAACGAAAGAGUAAACGCAUUUGCAAAAGAUUGAAAACAUAAUUUUACCAAUCUUAUAUCAGGAUUUAGGAGCAGCCUCAUAUUAAAAGCGAUCAAGGAUGGUGGGUAUCCUUUCAGGGCAUGUUUACGUAUCAGUAAUGGAAAAAGUAAGGAAUUAGAGAAUUUAGGAAUCGGGAAACUACUGAAUCGGUAUGAGAAGAAUCAUUCUCAUUAAGCUGUUUAUUAAACAUAUGGAAUUAGCAAAGGAAUGGAGUUGAUUCCCAUUGUUAUUGUUUACUAACUUUCAUGAAUUAGAAUCCAAAUUAAUUUGAUCACUAAAAUGCCCUGCACAUUUUCACGACAACAUAUAUAUAAUUCUCAAAUUGGCGAAGGAGACCAAACAAAUCCUGCAACAAACCAGUAAGGAGGAAUCAAUAUGCUGAACAAGAUGAACAACAGGAGCCCAGUUCAAUGAUAAUGUUAAUAACACCUUUGUCCAGAGCCAAUUUCAAACGAAAAAAUAUACUCCAAUAUAUAUAUUUCACCUACGUAACUAGUAAACAAUCAAAUAAUAAUAUGUAUAAUCUUCAUACGACUAAAUACAUGGAACUUCUUAGAAUUGAGUUUUUAUUUUUUUUAGGGUUUGGGGUGUUUUGGAAUUAUGGUAAAGUGAUAAGGGUAUUUUUGAAAGUUAAUAAGAGAAAACAUGAAUGAGAAUCGUAUUGACUACCCCCUAGUUGAUUUGAUACCUAGUUUUGAGGGGAUGUGAUUACGGAUUUUAGGGUAGGAUCCACUUAUUUUUUCAUUCCUGAUUGCAAAUAAACGUAGGGGAAGUCAGGAAUGGAAAUCAUUCCCUUUCCUCCCAUACCCAUUACUGAUACAUAAACAUGCCCUCAAAUUGAGCAGUCUCAUGACAAAUAUAAUCAUUCAAUUCUACAAUUUUUUUUUUUCUUUUCACACAAGUGAUAUUUGGGAAGGGGGAUUUGAACACAAAACCUCGGGUGCAAGAGUUCUAAACCACUUGAACUACAAGCCCCUUGCCAUCCAAUUCUACAUUUAUUAUGGCUCAUAGUGCAGUGUCACGAGUCAUGACAUACUUUGUACCCAAUAUUAACGGCUGUAAAGUUUUUUAAGCUCAGAAAGCUUUUCAAGCUCAGAGAUCGGAAUACUUUCAUCAGCCUAAAACAAUUCUAAAUUAACUAUAAAUAAGCAUUUAACAAGAAGAACCAGCACAGAAUUCAUCCUCAAAAUUGGUAACUAAAUUGCAAGUCAAAUAAGCAAACCAAAGCAUACCAAACAGUGCAAAAAGGAUAUAUGAUCUCAGUAAAAGGCUUUUAUUGCACCAGAACGUCUGACAAACUGACUGACCCUACAGGCAGUAUAACCUGUAUU